AUGACAUUCCUUUUUUUGCACGCCUAUAAAUCUCUCCAAUCUAGCGAUGUCACGUGGCUGGCGCGUUUGCAGCUGAGCUCGGGCAACUGGCCUUCUAGUCUGGGCUCGAGUAUCGGCCAGGACCGUCUGGUGCAGUGGUGCCAUGGUGCACCCGGUAUUGUGCCUCUGUUGCUCUGCGCAUACAAGUUAACAGGUGAGGAGGACUAUCUGAAGAGAGCGGAACGGGGCGGUGAGGUGAUAUGGGAGCGCGGUUUGCUCACUAAGGGCUGUGGCCUCUGCCACGGAUCCGCUGGUUCCGGUUACGCCCUUCUUAGCCUCUACCAGCACACCGGUAACACGAAGUACCUCCAAAUGGCUGGAGCUGUGAGCUCUCCUUUCGCUUUCUCCUACUCUCCUCACUCUCUUUCUCGUCUCCCACCUAACGCCUCUCCUUACAGGUUGCUCUCUGGUGCACGGACUACUUCAAACACGCUGAGAGAACACCAGACCGUCCUUUGUCACUGUUCGAAGGAUUGGCAGGAGCGAUUGCGUUUUUGGCAGAUAUGCGCCAUCCGGAGAAGGGAGAGUUCCCAUUGCUUCAUUGAACAGGUUGAAAAACCCGCUCAAUGGAAUCGAAUGACACAAAUUCACCUCUUUUUGGAAGACAGACCGCCAAUUUUCAUUUGUCCUCAAUACAGUCUGAACAUUAAUUUCCUCAUGUGA